GAGUGGCUGGCUUGUUCGCACUUUUGCCUUGUUCAUCAGCAGGACAGUCCGGUCAGGCAGAGCGGAGGCUUGAACUUGGAUAUCCACUGUACUACAUCGCGCUCGCUAAUUUCCCUGUCUGUGGGGAGUUGUUCGGCUUGUUUUCCGAACCCAGUGCUCAGCAGAGGAGUCCGGGCGGACAGCAGGCUCCUGUUUCCUUUUCACCAACUAGUUUUCUAAGUUGUUGGAGCGAUAAACUUCUAAGAGGAAAAUGAGCCACAUCCGAGGGCGCAUCCAGUUUUAACUCAACUUUGCGCGUCUUGUUGCCACUUUGUUGCUGUUUGUGUUUAUUUAUUUAUUUUUCCCUAGUCCGUUUGUUGCUGUUUGUGUUUAUUUAUUUAUUUUUCCCUAGUCCGAAGGGGAGGGAGGAGGAGGUGGACUCGCGCUCAGCCGCCAGUCUCGUGGCUUCUUUGUAUACAGCGGCAGCAGCAGCUGUGUGUAAAUGCAUGUUGGUGCACAGUGUCCGCCGCGCUUCUCUGUGAGGGACAGCUUUCUGGGCUCCGUCCAACCUUCACGCAGGUUUCCUCAGAAAUGAAGCGACUGUACUAGGUCGUAGAAGAGGAAUACGGAAACUUUACCUGCUCCCCCCUCCCCCCCCACACUGCCGUGAUUACCUUCUGUCUCUCUAUCGCGCUUUCUCUCCAUCCAUCCAUCCAUCUCUCUCGCUCGCUCUCUCUCCCUCUCUCUGUCUGAGCGCUUGGAUUGUAAAAACGGCAGAAACAAGCAGGCUACAACUGCGCGCAGCUGCCUCACACGACAUGGAUGUAAGAUUUUAUCCGAGUGCCGGAGGGAAUUCUAUCCCCGGAGAUCCAUCAAACCUGGAUUAUGCCCAUUGUUUGGGCUACUACAACUUCAACAAGUUCCAGAAUAACAACAAUUACAUGAACAUGGCCGAAGCAAAUGGCACCCUUGCUGCUGGGGAUACUUUUCAUACUCCCAGCUUGGGGGAUGAAGAAUUCGAGAUCCCACCCAUCACACCUCCACCUGAGACUGAGUCCAGUCUCGGACCUGAAGUGAACUCGCCCUUUCCAGCAAUGCCCGAGCCCCCAGCUCAGCAUAGGGGUCCAAUAAUUCCUCAGUUCCCCCCACAGAGUCUGGAACUACCCUCAAUUACCAUCUCACGCAACAUGAUGGAUCAAGAAGGGGUGUCUGUCAGCAAUGGCCAGCAUAUGAAUGUUGGGCCUGGUCAUUUACGUCAGUACCCAUCCAACCCAUCUAUGGUCAUGAAAUCCAUCAUCAGCAUGAACAGCCCUAAUGGCAUGAUGUCACGAAAUCAGCUGUCCACCAUCAACCAAUCACAGCUCAACGGACAGUUGAGUUUGAGCAUGGCUGGAGCCAACAUCAACCAUACAUCACCAUCGCCCCCUGCCAGCAAGUCAGCCACACCUUCUCCAUCCAGCUCCAUCAAUGAAGACGACCAGGAGGACAGCAACAGGGUCAUUGGAGAAAAGCGACCAGCGCCAAUUGAUCCUACAAAGAAGCCCAAGACUCCCAAGAAGAAAAAGAAGAAGGAUCCCAAUGAGCCCCAGAAGCCAGUUUCUGCCUAUGCCCUGUUCUUCAGAGAUACCCAGGCUGCAAUCAAAGGUCAGAACCCAAAUGCGACCUUUGGAGAGGUGUCUAAGAUUGUGGCCUCAAUGUGGGAUGGCCUUGGAGAGGAACAGAAGCAGGUUUAUAAAAGCAAAACAGAAGCUGCCAAGAAGGAAUACUUAAAGGCCCUCGCUGCUUACCGUGCAAGCCUGGUCUCAAAGGCUGCAGCAGAAUCAGCUGAAGCUCAGACCAUUCGAACUGUUCAACAGACCCUGGCCUCCACCAGCCUGUCCCCUGGCCUGGUGUUGCCUACACCCCACAGCCAGCACCCUGCCAUGCCAUCAGCUUCCCAGGCCCUCCAACAAGCACUGCCACGGGCCAUUGCUCCAAAGCCUCUACAGAUGAGACUAGGGGGCAGCCAUGUCGUGACUUCAGUUACGGUUUCCCACCAGAACAUGUCCUCUGGGAUGUCUCCGCAGCUGCUGGGCCAGAUGGGUGCCGGCGGGCCCAUGGUGGCGGGUGCUCAGUCCACAGCGGUGUCUCAGAUGAGCCCGCCCAUGCAAUCAGUGCAACAGCACGCCAUGCAGCAGCUCCAGCAGCAGCAACAGCAGCAACAGAUGCAGCAGCACCUCCAGCACCAUCAAAUGCAGCAGCAGCAAAUGCAUCACCAACAGAUCCAGCAGCAGAUGCAGCAUCAGCAUUUCCAGCACCACCUCCAGCAACAGCUGCAGCAGCACCACAUGCAGCAGCAGCAGCAACAACAGCAACAGCAGCAGCACAUGCAAAUGCAGCACAUGCAAAUGCAGCAUCAACUGCAUCAGCAGCAGAUUCAACAUCUCCAGCAGCAUCAGCAGCAACAACAGCAGCAGCACCAGUCGCAAUGUUCCCCACCCCAGCACUCCCCUGGUACUCCACAUUCAGUGGGAGGCUCUGCAUCCCUCGGCAGUCCCCAACCAGCCUCACAGCAACAACCACACCCCUCCCAAAUCCAGGCCCAUGCACAGGUCCUGUCACAGGUCAGUAUUUACUGAGCCAAAUGAAAAUCAUAUCUCAAAGAACAGGAAUAGAAUAAAAGCAUCGCUCCAUGUUGCUUUUCGAAGUUGCACUUAAGAAGUGUGUAAAGUUUAGAAUGUUAUAUAAAUAACCUGUUUAUUGUUGUAGACAGAUAUGCACAUACAUGUACAGAGGGUCAACAUGUUAGGUGGGGUUUUAUCUAUGUAAUAGACUGAGAACUGACAGCAGCCUGUUAAGCUGAGCAUCCAGUGGUUGUUUCUGAUGUCAUUCAGUUGUUAAUUUGAACUUACUGGUUACACAAAAUGCAAAAAGACAUUUAUCACCCACUCUUUUAUUUAACAAUAAAGCUUUAUUUAUGAGGCCAGAGAUGUGAGCUCACCUCAGCACAGUGCAAGGACAUUUGGAAAACAUUUUUAUCACUCCUUGCCUGGGUUGAGUGACUCACUAGAUCUUCACUGGAAACCAGGAACCUACGCAUCAAGUCUUUGUUCCCACACUGGCCAGUAUAUACAAGACUUUCUUUCCUACAUCUUUCCUGCAGAUCUAACUGCUCAAAUCAUCACACGGAGGGUGGCUCUGUGAUAUUUAAAGACACUUUCAAGCUAUGUCACAAAAGCAGACAAUGUCUUUGAAGAAUGAAGAGAACUGGAAAUAAAAGGUCUUUGGAAGCAGUUAUUUGGAUGAAUGACUGAACUGACAAAGACAGAAACUGCCAUAAAUCAUUUAUGUCAUCACACCAUCAAACUGUAGCUGUAAUCUGCUGUACAUGUUUUGUAGAAAGGGGAGAGACAAGAUCUCCUGUUUGCAGCAAUUCACCCUCCAGACAAUUUGCCUAAAAGUGUGUAACUGGCUGUACCUGCCCCCUUCCUAUCCAAAAAAUAACUUCUUUAAUUAAUCUCAAUGUUUUUAUGUCAAAAUGUAUAACAAUUAAAUUAUGUUUUCUAUUGUGCAUCAGAAAGGGGAUAUUUUAUGGUAAAUACAGAUUUCUGGAUUAAGGCAGAUGAUUUGGGGGAUACUUGUAUUUUUACUCUGCUUACCAAUACGGACACUGACAAAAAAAUACAGCAGAGACGGUUUGUUGCACUGCCAAAGCCAACUUAAAAGGGUAUUGGGGAUUGUUUUUGUGUUUUUCUGUUUUGUUUUCAAGUUGUACAGAAGUCCCCGGAAGAAAAAAGAAAAUGUACAUGUUUUCAUAUCACUUCUUGUAAAGUUUUAAUAUGUGAGGCUUUAAUUAAAACAUUGUUUUAAUGACCUGUG